CGCCAUUUUGUCUGACGUCACCUUGAAAAGGGUCGGAGGGGGGCAAAUAAACAGCAAAAAGAUUAAGAAUUGUACCAUUACGUUUGUUUUAUAUACAAUCUAUUAACUGUUUGCGUUACAAAAAAAUAGUAAGGGAAGUUUUUCACAGUCUUAAAUAGUACUCGGGUAAUUUUCCGGCUGUCGUUCGGCUAUGUUCGGGUUUUUUCGGAGCCACCGUUGACGCAUUAGGUUUUCUGUGACGCUGCACUGUCACGUAACAGCGAUGCAUUGAAGGUUACAGAACGCCGUGUGUCCACUGGCGUGGACACUGGCCGGCGGACAGCAUGCACUUUGUGGAUUUCGUAUCUGGAUCGGUGGCAGGAGCGUGUGGCGUUGCUGUGGGUUACCCGCUGGACACUGUAAAGGUCCGGAUCCAAACCCAGAAGCAGUUCACAGGAUUCUGUCAAUGUGCAGCGGAGACACUGUCAAAGGAAGGGGUCUUUGGCUUCUUCAAGGGGAUGCUUCUACCUCUGACCACUGUCUCCAUGACUUCCUCGGUGGUCUUUGGCACAUACAGGAACUGCCUGCAAUGCCUGAGACAGGCCCGCGGAGGCGAUUGGGGUGCAAACACAAAAAUGGAGGUCUUCCUGUCAGGAUUGGCAGGGGGCGUGGCUCAGGUGUCCGUCAUGUCGCCGGGGGACAUCGUCAAAGUGCGCCUGCAGUGUCAAACAGAGUCCAGGCAGCGAGGACUCCAGAAGCCCGGUCUGAAGUACCUGGGUCCGGUGCACUGCCUUCUGCACAUCGUCAAAGAGGACGGCCUCAGGGGGCUGUACAGAGGAGCUCUGCCGCUCACGCUGAGAGACGGCCCUUCCUACGCCACCUACUUUUUGACCUACACCACCCUCCACGACUGGAUGUCUGGCGGCAGCAACAAAAAACCACACUGGACCGGUGUGAUGCUGGCCGGUGGGAUAGCAGGAAUGGCGGGUUGGUUCGUAGCAACGCCGAUGGACGUGAUCAAAGCUCGGCUGCAGAUGGACGGCGUGCACGGGACGCAGCGCUACAAAGGCUUCGUCCACUGCUUCACUGAAACCCUGAGAACCGAAGGCGCUGGAGUCUUCUUCAGAAGCUUAAGCAUCAACUGUCUGCGCGCCUUUCCCGUCAACAUGGUGGUGUUCUUCACCUACGAGGUUCUGACCGGGUUCCUCACGACCACACCGGAAAAUGUGGACUCGCCUCCCUGGGGGUUAGAAUGACACCAGCAGAGAUUCUUCGUCUCUCUGCAAGGACUGCUUACCUGUUUGUUUGCACAGUUGUUAUUGAUGUUACAUAAAUAUUCAGGGGAAUUUUCAGCUAUGCUGAAGACUUUUGAGGAUCAAUCUGACCACUAGGUGGCAGACCUGACCAACUUUUAAAGUACAUUUUCUCUGAGAAAAGACUCAAAAAAUCUACAGUUUAUGUCAUCAUGGAUGACCCAAAUAUCGUGUUACAUACAAAAAUGAGGAGAAAAUACUUAUCAAAAUAAGAGUUUGUGAAUUUGCUGUCAUGGAUUUGCUUUAGAAAAAUGGAAAACUCUCCUUUCAGACUUUGUGGUUUAUGCUAUAUGUCAGAAUGUAAUUUUUUGUGUAAUUUAUUUUUAAAAUGAAUUUAAAUAUCUCUUGUGCCUUUCAAAAUAAAAGUUUUUUUAUAUUCAUUUUAAUGUAGUAAAAGAAGAAGCAUGAGUUUUAGGAUAUUUGAUUCAUUAAACACUAAUUAGAGACGCCCUU